CCCCCGUUGUCACGUGAUACGCAUAACUGCAUAAAUUAAGAUGGCGACUUGCUGAAUGAAAAACCUGCCCUUGUGAGACUUUCUUCCAAAAUUUCGUCCUUAUGAAGAAGCGAAAUCGGCCUCAAAUACAGAAUGUCGGAAACAAACACCAGUGACCUUACCCCUGAUGAACUUCGGAAAGAAAUUGAACGUCUGCAGGCGGAGUUACAAGAAACGACCCAGGAGAAGGUACAGGCUGCAGAAUAUGGUUUGGCCGUUUUAGAGGAGAAAGAACGCCUGCGACAACAGAUAGACGAGGUAGAGGCGCAGUAUGAAACCGUGAAGCACGAGCUCGAUUGCGCCAAAGAGGCCUUGAGCAAACACCAGGACACCUUUCGCAAGCAGCAGAAGUCUGGUAUUCACCAUGAAGAUACCUUUCUACAAGAAGCUGCCAAUCGGGAAGAAAGUUACAAGUCCACCCUUUUGGAAUAUGAGACGGAACUCAAAACCUGCAAGCAGGCCAUCGAGCGCUUUUCCUCAGAGAAUGAGCGCUUGAAUGCAGCCCUGCAUGAGUGUCAACAGCACAAUGACAGCUUGGAGGACCAGCGUAGGCAGAUCAAGAACGAGAUCCGUGAAUACAAAAUUCGGGAGAAUCGGAACUUGGCAGACUAUGCUGAACUGGAAGAUGAGAAUAUUAUACUUCAGAAACAAGUGUCUCAGCUGAAGCAGAGCCAAGUGGAGUUUGAGGGCAUGAAGCAUGAAGUGAAGAGACUCCAGGAGGAGACCGAUGACCUGAAUGUUCAGUUAGAUGAUGCUGUUAAUCUAAAAAAAAUCGUGGACAAGAAUUAUGAGGAGGCGAUAACAGCACUUCAACAUGAGCGUGAGCAGAAGCAUGCACUGAAGAAGGAACUGGACACCCGAUUGAAUCAGGAGUCCAUGUUUAAUCUUAGUAACUUGGCUCAGCUGGGAGGUUUGACUGAUGGAUUGCCCCGCUCAAUGAACCACGACAACGGGGUCGCUACGGAGGAGGACGAUAGCGAGAAUCCCGCCCUGCGACGGAUUGAGGCAGACUUCAAGAAGGAGGAUACGAAGUCGCCUGUAAAACCAGGACCAGGGAAAGUUAAUGAUAUACUGAGUGAGAUUCAGGAGAACGAAGUGAAGAAACUCGAACAGUUACUGGAGCAGAGUGAAUCGGAGAAAACUGAGCUUCAGAACGCUCUCGAGGAGGCUCAGAAACUCAUAGAGGACACUCAGCGAGACCUCAUUGAACAAAAAAGCAAGGCUGAUCAACUCAAGGCUCAGAUCUCGUCUGUCAUGAACUUCCCAGAAUCUCCAGGGGUCAAUAAUUCCUUAGAUGAACUCAUUGCCAAGGAGACUGACCCAGAAAAGAAAGCCUUGUUGGAGAUGAAGAAGAACUUGUUUUCUAAUGAGCAGAAAUACUCAACAGCUUUAUCUGAAAUUAGCCACUUGCAGAGCGAGAUCAGUAAACUGCAAGAGAAAGGACACAGUGGUUCCAAGCAAGGAAAUAAGGAGUUUGAUGAUGCAAUUGAUGAUUUGAGGAGCAAAUGUAACCAAUAUGAAGAGUUGGUCAAAGACUUGGAGAAAGAUCUAAAGACCAUGACUCUGGCUGCUGGAGAAGCACAGGGUAGCUUGACCACAACACAGGACGAGUUGGUCAGGGUCACAGAGGAGCUUGCACAGCUUUAUCAUCUUGUGUGUGAAGUCACAGGAGAAACGCCUAGUAGGGUUAUGUUGGACCAUGCCAAGGCAUCAUCACAACUCUCACGGCAAGAGAAUGGUGAGGAAAAAGCAGAUGAUAAAGAUGAAAAAUCUGACGUGUCUUCACCAAAGACCAAACCUAAAAAAUCAAAAUCCAAAAAAGACAUUUCUAGCAAUGAGAUUAAGGGUGAUCCCAUCUCUUGCUAUAAACUCUCGGAGACAAUCAUUGAUCAAGUAAAAUAUCUCAGGCGAGCUGUGGAACAUCUCAUGGAGGUAUCUCGGCAACGCGGAGAUGACUCAGAAAGUUCCGAUGUACUGGAAUUACAGGAACAAAUUGUGAAACUCAAAGCUAUGUUGUCAACCAAGAGAGAACAAAUAGCCACACUCAGGAGUGUGCUGAAAGCCAACAAAUCAACAGCAGAAAUCGCUUUAGCUAAUCUCAAACAGAAAUAUGAAAACGAGAAAGUCAUUGUGACCGAGACAAUGAUGAAACUCAGAAAUGAAUUAAAAGCACUCAAAGAAGAUGCUGCAACAUUCGCCUCAUUGAGAGCCAUUUUUGCCCAGAGGUGUGACGAGUACGUAACUCAGCUCGAUGAACAGCAGCGACAACUAAUCAGCGCGGAGGAAGAAAAGAAAACCCUGAACUCGCUCCUGCGAAUGGCAAUCCAACAAAAACUGACACUGACUCAGAGACUUGAGGAUCUGGAGUUUGACCGGGAGAGGCGGAGUCUUCGUCGACAAGAUGGGGGUGGAAGGGGGCGGAGUAAGGCGACUUCCAAAGUAAGUCACUCCCACAACUCUUAUCCUGACGAGCGGCACGGGGGCGUGAGGUCUUAUCACCAUAACUACAGGCGUGACUAUUAGUCGCCUGUCUGCGGUGAGUUUGUUAAGUCACCAUGAGUGCUUAGGAAUGCCUGGCAACCAUUCUCUUCACAUAUCCCAUCUUUUAUAUUAUCUUUGGUAAAGAAUGCAUUUAAAAAUGUACUUUUUCUCUUAAAGUACAGGUACUUGUAUUUAUAUAACCUUCAUCUUUUAGGUGCAUGAUUGCUUUAUAUGAUCAUUAUAUAUUGAUUCGGAAUAUAAUGUAUGUAUAAAAACAAUUUGGUUUGCAAUGUUCUUUAGAAUGAUUUUGACUGUAUAUAAGUCUGGGAAGUGCUUUUCCUUUUUACCCUCAAACUGCAUAAUUUUAUUUAAUGAAAUUAAUAUGAAUUGUAAUUUUACCAAACUGAUUGUUCAGCUUUCAAAAUUAUAUACCUGAUGGAAAAAUGAACUUGAGGAAAUGGUUGCCAGUGACAACACUAUCUCUAUCCUACCGCUUACUCCCAUACUGCUAGAGGUGAAGGUCGGGUCACGGGUUUGUAUCGUAACCAUGGUAACAGCACUUGUAGGUCUUUGUUGAGCUAAUGAUGGGUAAUUAUACUUAUCACUAAUUUAUACAGUACUGUAAAUGCAAGAUACAUGUAAGUUAUAAUGUCAGAGUUUGCAUAUUAUCUCUUUAAGAUUUCUUCUUUCAAAGUGACAUGCUUCAAAAUGGAGGGAAAGUACCUGUAUAUGUAACUAGUUUGUCAAAUUUUGAUUUCACUUUUAAAAUUUGCAGUUACUUUUACUUUAAACUUUAGUAAAUGCUUUAGAUUUUCUGAACAGUAAUUUAGCCUUAUACCUUUUAAAGGCAAUCUUGUAGUUUUUUGUUUGUCCUAUUUCCCAACAGAUCAAUCUCCACCAGACAUGCACAUGAUCUAAUUUAGCUGCAAUAAUGCAGCCCUCCCCAACUUUUUUUUUAAUUGGACUUUGCAUUAAGGGAGAUAACUUCAUUAAGUAAAAUGAUGAACUUGUACCCAUGCACAGAUUCAUUGAUUCUAUGAUUUGGACACAUAUCAAAAGUGAAAUUCUAAUAAUUUGAUUUAUAGAUCAGAAAUUUAGUUUAAACUUCAUCUGUGUAUCAUUUGAUAUACCUCUUUCUGUAUGGUAUUAAUUGUAUAUUUCUGACAAUGUGCAUGUUGUGGUUUUAAGGUUUUUAACACAGAAGUAGCGGAUAAAAACGUAGAUUUCAAUUAAUAGAUGUGUAUUAGGUCUUCCAUGUCGACACUGUCUAGUAAUCAAUUGUAGACCUGUUUCUCUUUUCCACCUUGUGCGGGAAGUAGCAGUACGUAUAAUGUGUAAUUAUCUUCGUCUUCUCAUUUGAUCAAUUUAAGAUAAAAUUUUUGUGUAAUAGACUAUAUUUACAUUUGCAAAUCAUGUCUAUUUUGUAAAAUUAUCCCAGAAAUGCUGUGUCGGGUCUAGGAUGAAAAACCGACUCGUCAUGCUAUGCAAGUUGCUGUAAUUUUGGUGCACUGCGUUAAUGUGAUGCAAUGUAAUACGUCAGUUUUGAGAUAUAAACUUUUCGGUGUUGGAGGUGCAUUUAAUAUCUUGAGCAUUUAAAUUUACAGGCAGUGAGGAAGACAUUAAAAAUUAUGAAAAGUGGCUUCUGUUUAUAAUAUAACUGUAGGAAAAAGACUUUAAAGAAAUGCGAUACGGAAAGAAAACACACAAACCAUUGCCAUGAUGUAAGAGGAGAAAAUUUAGUGCAGUCAUAUUUUAGUGCAAUAUAGCUCUUCCAGACAAAUUUACACUUAUAUUUCCUAUAUAUCAUUUGAUGCAUGUUAUUGUAAGUACUGAGAUUAAAAUGUGUGAUCCACCCCGCAUGAUGAUAUUCAAAACUACAUCUGAAAGUUGAGGCUUAACGGGGACAUCAUGUCUAUCAAAUGCGCUGUAUUGAUGUUCCACAUAAACAAAACCAACUUUACAAUGAGAAUAUGAUAAUAAUUAUUGAAAAAAAAAACCCUGCUGAAUCAAUUCUUAGACAUGGCUUGGAUAUUCAAAGUGCAGUUCUGUGAAAUUUUUACUUGACAAUUUUGCAGUGGUUAAGUCAAUUUGAAAAUAUAUACUGAGAAUCCAAAUUACAGUGAAAAAUCAUGGAAUUCCUAAAACCAUGGUCAUAAAUGUGGAGGAAAGGGAUCCAUAUUUUGAGGAAGUGUUAAAAUUUAUAAACAAAGUAUACAGAAAUUGCUGUUUCAUUUUUAAUGUGCCUUGUGAGUGGCUGAUGUCGUGAUCGUUUGUUUCAUUGACUGUAUAAACAAUAAAUCUGUUAUUAUAGUUGUAUAAAUAUGUAUAUAAUUUAUAUAAACCAUUCAGGGUUUUUUUUCAAUGAAAAUCAAUGUUCUAAAAUGCAUCUAAUGCUCACUCAUAGAAUGCAGAAAAUAACAAAGUAAGAACACAUGAACAAAAACAUUGAAAGGAGUACGAUCAAAUGUGACUCAGUGACGCACCAUUGUAAAUAGUUUACGCAAAAGUGACAAUCCUUGUGUGAAAAAUUUCGUACUGAACAAGGACAUUUUUUAAAAUUUAGCACAGAAGAAGCAUGUGUUCUAAAUGAGCUGAAAUAAAUUGUGUGCCAAAUUUUUUUGUUUUAUAGCAUUUGCAAGCUGUAUCUUAGUUAUGGUGCCUAUAAGCAAUAAAUUAAUGUGAUGUGGUAGACAGUUUAUUAACUCCCAGAAUACUGAUUUCUUUGUGUACUGUGGAUUUCUGAUUUUACGUUCCUGCGUACUUAAGAUCGUGAAAUGAUCGUAAACAUCAACAUGAAUUUGGUCUGUUGAUUGAGAGUUUUUAUAUGAAUUUUAGUGAUACAUGAGGGCUGUUUAUAUGAAAUUUUAGUGAUACGCGAAGGCUGAUUAUAUGAAUUUUAGUGAUACGCGAGGGCUGAUUAUAUGAAUUUUAGUGAUACGCGAAGGCUGAUUAUAUGAAUUUUAGUGAGACACGAGGGCUGAUUAUAUGAAUUUUAGUGAGACACGAGGGCUGAUUAUAUGAAUUUUAGUGAGACACGAGGGCUGAUUAUAUGAAUUUUAGUGAGACACGAGGACUGAUUAUAUGAAUUUUAGUGAGACACGAGGGCUGAUUAUAUGAAUUUUAGUGAGACACGAGGGCUGAUUAUAUGAAUUUUAGUGAUACACGAGGACUGAUUAUAUGAAUUUUAGUGAGACACGAGGGCUGAUUAUAUGAAUUUUAGUGAGACACGAGGGCUGAUCCAAAUGUUUGUGGGAUAUUGUUCUAUAACAUUUUUAUUUUUCAAUAGAAAUAAUUCAAAAUAAUACUGAUAAUAUUUAACCUUUGAAUUUAUGUACAAAAUGUUUAACUCCAGAGAGUACUGCUUUGACAGUUGCCAUAGAAAUAGGUGUUGUGAAAUGUGGGGAGACUUUAUAUUUGUUCGUAAUAUAUUAUUAUUCUUGUAGCCAUUUAUGAAAAAAAAAAGUGCAAAAUGUAAUAUGAAAUCAAAAUGAUGUCAUGAUAUCAAUUGUUGGAACUAUCGAAAAACAUUGAGUACAUACAAGUUCCUUUGAUUUUACUGAUGAUUCAAAUAUUUGUGAUUCAUAAUUUAUCAUAACUUCAUUACAAAAUGUUGAAAAUCAAUCAAUUAUUAAAUUUUGUAAAAUUCUUGGGAACAUCCUGAGAUCAUAACUUGAUGACAGAGGCAAGACGAAUAUGUAAUAAGCAACUCAUGUUCAUGUGACACGAAAUUGUAAUAGCACCUCGUGUUCACGUGACAUGAGAGAUUUAAGGAGGGAAGAACUUUAGCUGAAGAUGAUAAAAGUUUUGGCUGGUCAGUGGAGGGCCGACCUUCACUCGCUGAAAUAAUGAGGAUGUUCUCAAUGACUGGACAUCUGAGGCACUGUGUAGGAGAUUGUAUACAGAAAUCAGGAGCCCAUAUCAAAUGGUGGGGCACAUUUUGAAAUUUGAUCUGAAUAUUAAAAAAAUUAAUGCAAUAUUAGUGCCUAGACUCCUUUCUGAGGCAAAAAUGGAGAUGAGGUUCCAAUGUGCUAGUGAGCUGCCGAAUGUGACGUGCCAUUAAUUUAACACAACGUAUACGUCGUAGAUCCCCCACGUACUUUGCAAUAUAUUUUCAAACUGCUUGCCUGACUUUCAAUGUUAUUAAAAUGUUUAGAAUUUUUUUUAGCCGUGUUAGAUAAAGUCUCUAGUUUAUAAAUAUGUGUUUUAUGUUGUCACGUAUUCACAAUAAAAUUCUAGGGGGAAAGUCCACAAACAUUUGGAUCACCCUCGUAAAAGUAAAAACAAGCAAUUUUAUUUUGUGUGUGGGGGGGGGGGGGGGGGGGGGGGAUAGUUUCCUUGCUUAUAUUUAUGAAUCUACAGUAUCAACUGACAUGAGGUGAAUAAACUGCACAGAAGAAAUUGCAUACAUUAACACAUGUCGUGAUGGGCACUUUUUUCACCUCUCGUUUACAAGAAUUCUUUUAUCACAGGCACAAGAGUCCAUUUAAGGGAUAUAAAAUGGAUGCAUCUCAAAACUUGCGUAUUGUAACGUCACAAUCGGGCAACAACACGAUUAAACUAAAUUUUUUAGUUGCUGUCCUUUUAAAACCUGAGACAUUGUUCCAUAUCCACCACAAAUGUAAAUAUAAGUAAUAAGAUAUUAUUUCUUUAAGUUCAUUAGGAUGUGAAAUGCGGUUGGUCACAUGAUCAAAUCUUUGGGUGUUAUCAUGGAUAAAUGAUCAUGUAACCCACUGCAUUUCAUUUCCCAAUGAAUUAAGUUGAAUAAUGUCUUAUUAAAUAUUUUGUUUACAGAAGCCUACUGCAUGUUAAUUACUGAACAUGGUAUUAUGUAAUUAAUGUUUGUUAAAGUGCAGUACUUGUAUAUGUAUAUUCAAUUUCUUUCUAGUAUAUUUAUACAAGGAAUUAUUUCUGCAAAAAGGGUCAUUUUUAUGCGUAAUAUAUAUUUAUAAUCAUUUUUAAGCACUAAUACAAGAAACUUUUAUGUAAUGAUAUUAAUAUGAUGAAUAUUUAUAAAAUCAAAUAAUAAUUUGAUACGAAUUUAAAUUAUAUAUUAAAAAUAAUUUGCUACAAGACAGAAAUGUAUACCCCAGAAUCUUUAUUCAGAGUAUUUUCCUUAUAGUUGCUUUGUGUCAAAUCAAUGCACUCAGUUUCUGAUUCAGUUCAAAAUUUUGUUGUUUCUGCAAUGUGUGAAGUGAUGUGAUUGCUAGAGUCUGGAGUAAACAGAGAGCAUGCAAUGGUAUCAAAAACAAAUUGAUGGAAAACUAUAUAUCUUGCCUUGAAAGUAGCCUUUUAUAUAUAUAUAUGUGUACCCUUGCCAUGAUUCAAGUAAUAAGACAAUGAGGAGUAUAGUCUAUGUAAACAUCACCUAUCUAUUAAUCAUGUUUAAAUUAUUAUCUUUUUUUAAAAUUAUUAAUCUUCAUCGUUUAGAGCAAAGUGAUGAUGAAAAUUUCUUCAAAAGAUUUGAAAAAGAAACUUUUCUGUAUAACUGUUUGUUGAGGUGAAUAUUUGAUUAGUUGAUUUUAUACAUGUAGUCUGAUGGGAAGAAUUGAUCUAUUUUUAGUGUUAACUUGAAUCCUCAAGGGAAGGAACUGCGAUUACCUGAGAGACGACAAAAUCAGAACAAGUCAGCCGACACCAGACGCAGGGGGUUGUCACACACCCCCAGGCCUUCAAACCUACCUUAAAAGAAGAUUUCCUCAAAUUCUGGUGCAGAGAGAGGGAGAUAGAGCAUAAAACUUAAAACAAACAUUUCAAAGACUACAAAAUAUUUCUGUGAUAAUGUCUGGUAGUCAGAAUUGCUUUUUACAUGUGAAUCAUCGUGGGGAAAAACAACAACAACUUUUUCAUUUUUUGUAUGUGUCUACAGCUUAUUAACAAUAGAUAUAAUCUCAGCCUCAUGUCAUAGGACUUUGUUCUGUACAGACAUUUUACUUUUCCUGCCAAAGGUUGGUCACAGAUUAUGGAAGUGGUUAUUGGUACAUCUGUAAGUGGUUGUACCAUGAUGUGGUGCUUGUGAGGCGGUGCCAGUCUCCACCCGAUACCAUUCCAUGUACAGAUACUUUGUAAUCAAUGUACACCAUUUUGUAUUCAGUAUUCUAUUAAUAGUCAUUAUGUAAUGGGUGUUCAUAUCAUAUAUUAAGUUAAUAAGCAAUGAUGCCUCUUGAGGUUAUACCAAAAUAACCUUUUUUGUGUUCUGCAUAAAUUGUAAGAUUGGUAUAGAUUUCACGGGUAUAUAUUUUUUUUUUUUUUUUUGUAUUUGUGAAGACACUUUGUUCCUUUAUGUUUAUAAUGUCACAGCUUAAUAACCAAUUACCGUGAUGAUAUUCAGCGUUAAAAUUGAAAUGUAUUAUUUGAUUGUUUCUAUUUACCUUGAAAAGGGUUAAUUGAAUUGUCCAGCGCAAGGCAGCUUGGACAAAUUCAAGGUUGUAAAAUUUAUUAAUAUAAUAUUAUUUCACUCCAUGUGUAGAACUAUUCAUAAUGUAUUUGGCAUUUGCUGCAUGAACUGAUGACUUUGUGUAGAUAUUUUAACAUAAUUAUCUUCAUACCAAUGGAAUGGAUUUCUAUAACAUAUUUUAAUUUAUUUCAAAUUAAAUUUUAUUUAUGGUAUAUUUUAGUUUGCUAGGAGAAAACUAGUGGUAGAUGUCUGUGAUAUUUUUUUAAAAAAUAAAAACAAGACAGAUUUCCCUGACUGCCCAUGACCUGAUUGUUUAUGGCUUUAAGUAAAAUAGGGCUGUGAUAGUGUAUCCAUUUCUAUUUAAUAUAGCAGAAAGUUUAAAUCUAAAGCAGAUUUCGAAUUUCUUGCCCAGAUACAAAAUAUGUCUUAAAAUUUUUGUUAUUACAAACAAUUCUAAAUAAAAUGCUUUGGACUGAAAAAUAAGAAUUUAGACUUUCAACUGACCUCAAUUCUUUUUUAAAAAUCUUAAGUUGCGAUUAUUUGUUUUAGUACUCCUGUACUUGGAUAUUUUAAGCGGUGACAUGAAGAACUGCUGUAUUCCAUGUUUUAAAAAAAUGCACUGAAUUUGAUAUGCAUAAAUGUAGUCUUCUAUUUCAGAUUAAUUGUAGUUCUAAUCUUUAGAAAGAUUUAAUCAUGUAUCUUGUAAGAUUGUUAUGGGCCUGAUGAUGUGUUUUGUUAAAGAUCUGCAAUAAAAUAUCAGUAUCAA